AUGGCCGUGGGGGCGCCUACUGUGGUGGAUUCGGAGCACCUCGCGCCCAGCCUGGAGCCGCCACCCGUCGACGCGGCCGGCCGCCCAGAGAGCAUCCGGGCCGUCGUCGUGGUGAAGGACCCGCGCAUAACCGUCCUGCCGCACUUCGUGAGCCCUCAGGAGUGCGAGCACCUCCUGUCCCUGGCGGAGGGCUAUUGGAUACCUUCCUUGGUCGGCGAGGCCACGCGGACUUCGCAGGAGGACUACAAGACAGGCAACCUGGAGAACGCGCUGUCGACCACCAGGACCUCCUGGUCGUGCAUGCUGAGGUACGCGCAGACCGCCGUCGUGGAGCGGCUCGAGCACCGCUUGGCCGCCGUGGCGGGCCUGCCGCUGCAGCAGCUCGAGCGGAUGAACAUGGUCCGCUACGCGCCCGGCGAGCUUUUUGACGAGCACCACGACGGCGAGUUCCGGCCGAUCACGAUCUUCGUCUACCUGAACGACCUCCCGGAGGGUGACGAGGCCGGAGACACCUUCUUCCCAAACUUAGGCCUCAGCUUCAAGCCGCGCCGUGGCACCGCAGUGAUGUGGUCCAACGUGCUGGACGGCCAGGAGGACAGCCGCCUCCUCCACGCCGGGCGUGCGCCGUCUCUGGGCGUGAAGUACGGGGUGAACUGCUUCUUCAACGUGCGCGACAUGCGGCUCAUGACCCCAGUCGGGCCAGAGUAUGCGCUUCAGGACGCCGCCACGGUCGCCGUGGCGGAGCUCGGCGCGGGCAGCGGCGGGCCGGAGGCCCUGCGGGGGGGAACGAGGCCGUCGCCACUG